AUGUCGUUCCAACUAGAAUACGAUGUGGACUUGUACAGCACAUUCAUUCGUGUUCAGCUGAAUUCAGCCGAGUCUCCCGUUGAAAGCAAAUUAGUAGGUAAACGAAUCUUUAGUACCGAAAUGAGAGAUAUGACAAACACUCAUUAUGAGCAGAAACACAAUACGCCACCACAUCAAACACAAAUGGGAUUCGCAUUAUUCGAGAGGAAUCCAAACGGCUUAGUUCAGCGUGGACCAACCAACUCCAGUGAUAUCGCGAAAACAAACGACUGA